CCAACUUUUGUGGGUCCUCCGUGCACGUGUUGAGUCGGAAGUUCGGAGCGGUGCGAGGGAACUUCGGAUACACUUUGAUCUGCAAAUCGCAAUGACCCUGUUUGUGUUUUCUCACUCUCCGCUGCGCUUGAUUUUCAAAACCAAGGUCCCAUUUCCGUCGCUGUUUCAUACCAUCCGUCGGCCUCAUGGACGUUCAAUUUCUCGAAUUACUGGGAUAUGUUGGGAGCAUAUGGGCUUAUCAUCAACUAGGAAACCACUUUCUGGAUUUAGAAUGCUUUGUACCGGCGAAGAUUUGUCCACCAAAAAAUGUGUUCCUUGCAACUCGAAGGAUUUACGUCCAAUGACUGAGGAUGCAGCAAAACAUUUGAUUCGAGAGCUGGCUGAGUGGAACCUUAUUAAUGAAGAUGGUAAGCUGAAGUUGAACCGAUCACUGAAGGUGAAGAGUUUUCUUAAAGGAAUGGACUUGUUUAAACUUAUAGCUGAAGUUGCAGAAGCAGAGGGCCAUCACCCUGAUCUUCAUCUAGUUGGAUGGAACAAUGUAACAAUUGAGAUAUGGACACAUGCAGUAGGUGGACUGACUGAAAAUGACUUCAUACUGGCUUCCAAGAUCAAUAAGCUUGAUGUUCAUAACCUAUUGGGCCGGAAAGCUGCUAUUAGCAGUCAACAUGACUGUUGAACAGGACCAAAACAUACCAACAUUCGGCCAAUGUUCUUGUUCAUUUUCAUGCAUGUUGUUCUAAGUCCAGACCCGAAGGUCGUCGCUUCUUACUUUAACGCGUUGAUUCAGUUCAGUUUUGCAGUUUGGAAGAUACUUAUUAUCUUUGUGGUUUAAUGAAGAAUUGUGUGUUUUUUCUUAAAUA